GUACCUGUAGUUCUAGCUACUUGGGAGACCAAGGUGAGAGGAUCUCCUGAGCCCAGGAGUUUAAGACCAACCUGGACAACAUGGCGAAACCCUAGCCGGGCAUGGUGGCUGGCGCCUAUAGUCCCAGCUACUCGGGAGGCUGAGGCA